CCGCUUCUGGUUGCCCCGGGCAACGCGGCCUAACGCAGCAGCGGCGACAUCGAGGCGAGCGACUCACGCUCUAAGCUCAACCUCCUUUAACGGUUAACGAUAAAUUGCUAUUUACUUUACAGCGUUCUUAGUUGCUUAUUACGAUUGUAUUCUGUAUAAUACGCAGUUUUAAAAGGUUUGGCAGACUGUGCGUGCACGCGCCAAUAUGAGCCAGAGGCAGGUUCUUCAAGUGUUUGAGCAGUACCAAAAAGCACGCACACAGUUCGUGCAGACGGUGGCCGAGUUGGCAACAAGAUCCCACAACAUAGACACGCUGCAGAAUGCCGGGGUGAUGGCUCUGUUGCGGCCGCUGCUGCUGGACGCGGUACCCACGGUGCAGCAGACGGCGGCGCUCGCCCUGGGCCGUCUGGCAAACCACAGCGAUGACCUGGCGGAGGCCGUUGUGCGAGGCGACGUUCUGCCCCAGCUCAUCUACUCGCUGUCCGAGCAGAAUCGCUUCUACAAGAAGGCGGCCGCGUUUGUCCUGCGUGCCGUGGCGCGCCACUCAGGGGAGCUGGCGGGUGCCGUGGUGGAGUGCGGGGCACUGGACGCCCUCACUGCGUGCCUCGAGGAGUUUGAUCCUGGGGUCAAGGAGGCGGCCGCGUGGGCUCUCAGCUACAUCGCCAGGCACAAUGCUGAGCUGGCACAGGCGGUGGUGGAUGCAGGCGCGGUGCCGCUGCUCGUGCUGUGCUUGCAGGAGCCCGAGCUGGCACUCAAGCGAAUUGCUGCAUCCGCGCUUAGCGACGUGAGCAAGCACACGGCAGAGCUUGCACAGACUGUGGUGGACACGGGCGCCAUAGCUCAUCUUGCCCAGAUGGUGCUCAACCCAGAUGCCAAGCUCAAGCGCCAAGUGUUCUCGGCUCUGAGUCAGAUCGCCAAGCACUCGGUGGAGCUGGCCGAGCUGGUGGUGGAGGCAGACAUCUUCCCAGCGGCGCUCAGUGGCUUGCGCGACCCCGAUGAGUACGUGCGCAAGAACGUGGCCACGCUCGUGCGGGAGGUGGCCAAGCACAGCCCCGAGCUGUCUCAGCUGCUCGUAAACAAUGGAGCACUGGCAGCCAUCGUGGACUACGUGGGCGACAGCAUGGGCAGCGUGCGCCUGCCUGGCAUCAUGUCGCUUGGCUACAUCUCAGCACAUGGGGAGACGCUCGCCCUGACCAUCAUCACUGCCAAGGCGGUGCCCCAGCUGGCCCUCAUCCUGGUGGACGAGAAAGAGGAUUACAUCCGCGCCACGACGGCGUGGACACUCGGCCAGAUCGGACGCCACACGGCCGAGCACGCACGCGCUGUCGCCAUGAGCAACGUGCUGCCCCAGCUGCUACAGCUCUACAUGUCGGCCGACAGCUCCGAGGACCUGCAAGCUAAGUCGAAGCGCGCUCUAAAGAACAUCCUGCAGCGCUGCGUGCACUUGCCUGCGCUCGAGCCCAUGCUCUACACUGCACCCCCCAACAUCCUCAAGCACGUGCUGGGCCAAUUCAGCAAGGUCCUACCCCAUGACAGUAAGGCACGCAGGCUCUUUGUGACGAGUGGGAGUCUCAAGGUCGUGCAGGAGAUCAAGGCGGAGCCGGGCUCGGCUCUCUACGAAUACAUCAACACCAUCAAUGCCUGCUACCCAGAGGAGGUCGUCAGGUACUAUUCACCUGGAUACACAGAGGCCCUGCUGGAGCGAGUGGAAAGUUACGAGCCACUGCAAUAGCUCAUGGAGAUGGCGUUCCCAGACACAGGCAAGGAGGGUAGAGAAGUGAUGGGUAGCCAUAGAUUGGAAUACAUAAUUAGUCGCAUCUUUUCAUUGUGCCGAUAUCCACUUGGAAAAAUAUACAUGCAGUCGAAGCUCAUCUGAGACAGUGGUUAUUAUGUUUAAGUAGCAUGUCACCACCCUCAAUCUAUAGUCACCAACAGUCGGCAAUAACUUAACAACAUG